CGAAACGAUGGAAAAUCCUCGGCAGUCGAUCAGUAGGUGCGAAGAGUUGCGUUAGUGUCGUGCGUAAACGGUUGCGCGACUGAACACGCUCAAACACGCUCGAAAGUGUCGCAUACCUACGAAUUUUCUAAGUUGGAAGUGAACAUUUUGUGUCUCAGUGUUGGAUUUUGAGGAAUAUUUUCCAUUUUUGAGCGUCCAUCGACAGAUAAAUGCGCCCUUAAAACGGACUGGACAGAUGCUUCAUCAUGGACAGUGCAAUGCGAAGAAAUGGGUUGGUGCAACAAGGGCUUCUUCUGCUGAUUUGGAGUGUUUUUGGGCUGGAAGCAGUAGAUCCAUAGUGCGGACGGAGACGAAUGGGGGCGCUUGGUGUCCGGCCACCCAGGCCACCCCCGACACCAACGAAUUUAUAGAAGUCGACCUGAAGACGGUCCACAUGAUCACCGCCACCGAAACGCAGGGCCGAUUCGGCAAUGGUCAAGGCGUCGAGUUCGCCGAAGCCUACAUGCUGGAGUUUUACAGACCUCGGCUGCAGAAAUGGAAGCGGUAUCGAACGAAAGCAAAUGAGGAGGAGAUCAAGGGAAACAUCAACACCUACUUGGAGUCGAAGACCAUCCUGGACCCGCCCAUAUGGGCAAGCAAAGUGCGCUUCCUUCCCUACAGUUCUCACAUGCGAACCGUCUGCAUGAGGGUGGAACUAUAUGGGUGCCGAUGGUCGGAUGGCGUGGUCAGCUACUCGAUGCCUCAGGGCGACAAAAAGGGGACCAGCUGGGAGUUCUACGACUUCACCUACGACGGGCAUUGGGAUGGCGAAAAGCUGAAGGAUGGUCUUGGUCAGUUGACCGACGGCCAAACAGCGCCGGACGACUUCAAGAUGUCCUUCCAUGAGGACGCAGGUCAGGGAUGGAUCGGAUGGAAGAGCGACAACAGGGAAAAUCACCCGGUGGAAAUCACGUUCGAGUUCGAUAAAGUGCGCGAGUUCAGCUCAGUGAACAUCUACACGAACAAUCAGUUCACCAAGGAGGUGCAGGUGUUCAGCGAGACCAAAGUGUUCUUUAGCGUGGGCGGUAGGCGCUACAAAGGUGAGCCGAUCACGUACGAAUCGUUCGAGGACAAAAUCAUGGAGACGCCGCGGAACGUGUCGUUCAAGCUGCACCAUCGGAUCGGGCGGUUCGUGAAGCUGCAGCUGUUCUUCGCAGCCCGCUGGAUCCUCAUCAGUGAAGUGACGUUCGAGAGUUCGCCGGUGUCGGGCAACUUCAGCGGAGAGGAGGAGGAGGCGAUGGAGGUGGGCCCUCUAGGAGGCGAUGGCAAGAGCGCAAGCCCCGACAAUAAGAACGUGGUCAGCGCCAUGAACGAUCAAGAGGGCGUCUGGAAGUAUUUGGGCAUUGUGAUGAUCCUGAUAGUGGGGGUUCUGGUCGUGGUGGCCAUCGCUUUAUGCAUGGGCAUCCAACAUCGCCGGCGCAAAAACUCGUCCCGUCCUAGUCAAAUCCCCGACAAGACUCAUCUCUACCGCAGCCCAUCCCUGGGCCAUCUUACCACUUCCUCAUCGGACUAUGUGGACUAUGCGGAACCACUGCAGCAGCCCCCACUUUUGCAACGCAGUCCGCCCGAUCUGCAGCACAUGUUCCCCAGUCCGCCCUCAGGGCCGCCCCCAUCCGAGCAACAUUACGCCGCCACUGAUCUUUGCAAGGAGUACAAGCCUCAUUUUAGUCCUCCGCCACCUCCGUUCAGCACGCCGCCUCCUGUCAGAUUGCAGCGGCAGCCUCGCUUCGUCAACGGCAAGCCUCAUAUUGGCCCUUAAACUGAUUUCUUCUGUGAUAUAUUAUAAGCUAUUUACCCCCACUAGAUGUCGCGAUGGACUAUCCCUCAUAAGGCUGAACUUACCAAAUAUGUAUGAACUGCUUACCCCAUAGUUUAUUUUGUACUUUAUCAUUUUUCUACGUACGUGUAAGUGCAUAAUAAUGGUUAAAACAAUAAACUCGACCAGCAGAAAAGCGCUUUGUUGCCCGCAACAAGUGGUUUUUCGUGCAAGUCCUCCACCUGACGCUUCAACCUGUUAAGACAAUCCUCGGAAAAACCAACAUGCCUAAGACAAAACUGCGCAAUGACUAAAUAUGUGGUAAAAACUAUAACAAUGAUGAGUAUUAUUAAUAUAUUAAGUGUACAUUUCUCGACUGGGCUUGUUCAGAUAGAUUUAGGCUUAUCUAGUUCGUAACGCUCAAUCGCAUUUGUUUAGAUCAGUCCAAUGUGUAUAUUUGUACAAAGUUAUUGUUGACCAAUGCCGAUCAAGACUGUUUCCUGCUGCCGCUUCGCUUUCGGACUAAAACAAUGCCACUCGGGCAUUUAUAGCAAUAAAUACGAUUUGUUUCUUGUAACAACGAUCACCUCUAUAAGACUCUCUUGAUUUGUACAUAUCGAUGCUAUUUAAUUGUGUAUAUAACUAGAUAUCUGAUAUACAUAUACAUAUAUAUGAAAAUAAAUUAUGAUUAUUAUUAGUU